GCUUUGUUGUCAUUUGCCUGGAUACGGUGCUUGUGCUUCAUCCUGCGGUGCUGCAGCGCUAACAGAUGCUCACAGAAAAUCCCGUCGACAUCGCAUUAAAAGUGUGCUGAUGGACGAGAGCGCAGAGCUGGCUGUCUCUAUAACGCAGAUUGUCCAGCGGCUCAAGGGGACUCAUUUACACUCUCAGCUGGAGAAACAGGCUAAAGAAUGUUUGCACAAACCCGAAAUUAAACUGGAAACGCUGAAAGAUGAUGUGAGAAGAUUGUUAAAGGCAUCAGGCUGGGAGAGAAAAUUGCAAAAUGCAGUUUACAGGGAAUUACACAUUCUGCCUCCCCCUGGGCACCCUAGAGCUCCUCCUGAACACACCAAAGAGCCCUUGGAAUAUAUGCGCAAAGCCCAGGUGAACUGGGAGAAGAGGAUCCUGAAGAGUUUGAACAGUAUGUGCACUGAGUUGGGAAUCCCACUGGCACGGAAGCGGCCGGUCCCAGAUCAGAAAGAGCUGACAAAUAAAUGGAACGAGAUGGGAACUGAUGAACCAGACCUAAGCAAAUUCAGGCCUGUCUAUGCACCCAAAGAUUUCCUUGAGGUGUUGGUUGGUUUAAGAAACCCAAAUAAUGAGCGCAGUGAAGAUCUCACAGUCAGAAGCCACUGGGGAUUAAUCCAGGUUUCCCUCAACGUCCGUGACAUUCCUCAAAUGAGGGAAAUGUAUCCAGAACUAGGUCUUACUUAUGGACAGCUUGGUAUAGAUGAUCACACUCAUGUUCCUCCAGAUUUGUUUGAGAGUGAGCACAUUCACAUUGGAAAAAAAGUGGUGAGUGAGCAAGACAGCGCAGCGGCGCAGCAGUACAGCAAACAGGGCUGCCCCACCGGUCUCAGGGCCCAGCUAUGGUCUCUCAUCCUGAAUACGACUAAUGAUCCUGAGGACAUAACACAUUAUGAACAGCUGAAGGCUAGAGUUAUAAACCAUGACCUGCUGGUGGACAACCUAAUAUAUAAGGAUGUGAAGCUGACUACAAGUAAUGACGAUUACUACUUUGUGUUUGAGGACUAUUUAUAUCAACUGGUAUCCUCUGGACAACCAUCAAUGUGCCUCUUUGCUUCUGUCCUGAGACUAUUUGUGUCUGAGUUUUCUCUGAAAUAUUCAACAGAAUUGGCCAGAGGAUUUGGGCUUCACAAGCACAUUGUGUUGUCACUAUGGAACGGUAAUAUGAGUUGCAGGUGUGCGGUGAUAAAGGUUGCUUGUGAAUACUGGUUUAGUGUGAACUCUUUGGGUAGUUCAAGAAUUUCAGAUGCCGUGUGGUAA